CGUGGCCUGCCUGAGCGGUAGCAUUAGCAAAUCAUCCGUAGCUAGCAGGUAGGGAGCUACCUAACUGAGAGCUGGUGAGAUCGAAGAUAAUGGAAGAAUGGAUAUAACUCUCAGGUCAACUGAUUGAUCGGUAUUCAUCACUUCAGGUAAAGUUAAGAAGAAAAUGUCCAGUAGAAGUCAGCACUAUGGGUUCCAGUCAGCCACCAUGGUGCAGCCUGCCAAUGGCGGUCAUGCCUAUCUCUUUGGAAACAAUGGCUCGGAGAAUGACCUGUCAGAGGAGGACGGGGAGAGCUACGAGCUGCGUCCACGUGGCAGAGAGAGACUGCGGAGGAGCACCUCUAGAGAGAGGAUGGAGGAUAUUAUCUACCUAACCAGAGACAUACAGGAGGGGGACACUCUGAACAGCAUCGCUCUACAAUACCAUUGUUCAGUGGCUGAUAUAAAGCGUGCUAACAACCUCUUGACAGAGCAGGACUUCUUUGCCCUGCGAUCAGUCAAGAUUCCUGUGAGACGUUUUAGUGUUCUCACCGAGACUCACAGCACCGGACCUCUCAAGCCUGCCUCCCCCUCGGGUGCAGGGCGCCUACCCCAGAUCACCCCAGUUACCUCUCUCCCCACCGAGACAUCCACAGACUCUUCUUCCUCCACUGACAGCGUUGAGGGCUUCCUCCUGGAGAAGGACAAGGACAUUGAGCGGCUAGUGAAAUCCACAGGUCCAUCCCGAAGCAGCCUGAAUGAAGUCGUGUCUUCUUUAACGCUGCAGCAACAGCAGCCACUGCUGGGGGAGGUCGAGUAUAAACCAGUACAGAGAAAAGACCCUUACUAUGGGGCAGACUGGGGCAUGAGAUGGUGGACAGCUGUGGCCAUCAUGCUGGUUGUUGGCAUCGUCACUCCGGUGUUUUAUCUGCUGUAUUACGAAGUUAUCAUGAAAACAGACGUCGGCCAUCACGGCAUUCCUACAGAAGCAGCUGGGCACGCUCACCAGAAAGGAAUAGAGGACCCUCAUGUUGGAGAAGACAACCACGCUGGGGCUGGACCAGGACACCAUGCUGGAAACGGGAUUAAUGGGGAUUCCCAGGGACAGAGUUUGAACAAAGCAGGGGACCAUGAACACAGGGAACAUGAGAACACAUAACAGAGUUGUUUUUCUAGACUUAAUACAUCAAUGCAAUCUGUCUGCCUGGGACAGCCACUUUAUAGAGACUGGUAAUUUUUUACGAUUGAGAAAUUAGGAAUAAAAUUGUGUCAACAGUCUUUUCUUGCGUCUGUCCAUCUACAUUUAUAUACUUUACAACCAGGAGUAUAGAUUCAGUGGAAAUAUCAGAUGUUAUGCUUGGUUGAACUUUUUCUACAUGAUGGAUUAACUGCAGAUAUUUUGGUAUCUUUGCUGCUGUAUUCACUUUAAGCUGCACACAAACUAUGUCCGAGGAGUUCAGAGAAACGCCGAGACAGCCUGCAGCAAACUUGCUGUCGCUCAUUCUAUGAUGGUUCAGUGGCCACACUGUUAAGAAAUCUACAAAUGGUUAAAAUCAACUGUAGAUUUGGUUUUAGAGCAGAUUUCAAGCGGGUUGGUCCGACUGUAUUCUUCUUUGCCAUAACAGACAUUGUGUUUUAUCCAGCUGGAUUGGUUGGAAAACUGACUGCUGCCAUUGUGUUUAAUAGAGAAUUAAUUUAUUUUAAGACUUUUAAGCAUUAGCCUUUACUUACACCAUCAGUAUUUGGAGUUCCCAGUUGAAUUAUGUUGCUUAAUUUCCAUGAACAUUGCUUGAAUUUUUUUCUUUUCUUUGGCUUGCCUGGAGAGAACUGCAUUUUUAUUUUCUAUUAAAAGAACCUCGUAGAGCAUGGUGACAAAAAUGGGAAAUGCACAGUGUUCCCACAAUGACUCAUACUGUAAUUAGGUGAAAUUUUAGACUUUGACAUAUAGCCCUUUUAUUUUACCAUGUUGUUCACUUGAUACUUUAUGAAAAAGCAGUAUGUGUUGUUGACAGUAUGUGCCUUUUCAACCUGUGGAAAUGAAGUCACAGGUUGGAAAAAUAAAUAACAUCUAUUUUGAAUAAAUUAUUGCCAGUAUGCA